GUUCCAGUCGCGUUACUACCCAGAGAUUCAUCUGUACCAGGGACAGAGGGAGAGAGGAGAGGGAGGAGGGGACACACACACACACACACACACAGAGAGAGAGAGAGAGAGAGAGAGAGAGAGAGAGAGAGAGAGAGAGAGACAGAGAGAGAAAGAGAGAGGAGAGAGAGAGAGAUUGCCUCCAGCAGCUGCUCUCGCUAAAGGGAGUGACCCAAGGGACCGCGAGUGAAGGAACAGGAUGGCUUAAGUACCUCUGCCCACAGGACCCCACGACAGGGAGAGGUUCCAGCUACAGCUCCUCCGUGGGGUCAUGGCAGGGGCUGGGGAGUCCCCUCAAAAGCCCUGAGCACCCCUGCACUGCCGCUAAGGGACACCCCAGAAGUUAGCAUCAGUGGGACUCGGAAGCUCUGAUCUCAACAACAUCCCAGCUAUGGCUGGUGAUUCUAGGAAUGCCAUGAACCAGGACAUGGAGAUUGGAGUCACUCCAUGGGACCCCAAGAGGAUUCCCAAACAGGCCCGCGAAUACGUCCCCAUUGCCACAGACCGCACGCGCCUGCUGGCCGAGGGCAAGAAGCCGCGCCAGCGCUACAUGGAGAAGAGCGGCAAGUGCAACGUGCACCACGGCAAUGUCCAGGAGACCUACCGGUACCUGAGUGACCUCUUCACCACCCUGGUGGACCUCAAGUGGCGUUUCAACCUGCUCGUCUUCACCAUGGUUUACACCGUCACCUGGCUGUUCUUCGGCUUCAUUUGGUGGCUCAUUGCUUACAUCCGGGGUGACCUGGACCAUGUUGGUGACCAAGAGUGGAUUCCUUGUGUUGAAAACCUCAGUGGCUUCGUGUCCGCUUUCCUGUUCUCCAUUGAGACCGAAACAACCAUUGGGUAUGGCUUCCGAGUCAUCACAGAGAAGUGUCCGGAGGGGAUUAUACUCCUCUUGGUUCAGGCCAUCCUGGGCUCCAUCGUCAAUGCCUUCAUGGUGGGGUGCAUGUUUGUCAAGAUCAGCCAGCCCAAGAAGAGAGCUGAGACUCUCAUGUUUUCCAACAACGCGGUCAUCUCCAUGCGGGACGAGAAGCUGUGCCUCAUGUUCCGGGUGGGUGACCUCCGCAACUCCCACAUCGUAGAGGCCUCCAUCCGAGCCAAGCUCAUCAAGUCCCGGCAGACCAAAGAGGGGGAGUUCAUCCCCCUGAACCAGACCGACAUCAACGUGGGCUUCGACACGGGCGACGACCGCCUCUUCCUGGUGUCUCCUCUGAUCAUCUCCCACGAGAUCAACGAGAAGAGCCCUUUCUGGGAGAUGUCUCAGGCUCAGCUGCAUCAGGAGGAGUUCGAAGUUGUGGUCAUUCUAGAAGGGAUGGUGGAAGCCACAGGCAUGACCUGCCAAGCCCGGAGCUCCUACAUGGAUACAGAGGUGCUCUGGGGCCACCGAUUCACACCAGUCCUCACUUUGGAAAAGGGCUUUUAUGAGGUGGACUACAACACCUUCCACGACACCUAUGAGACCAACACACCCAGCUGCUGUGCCAAGGAGCUGGCAGAAAUGAAGCGGGAAGGCCGGCUCCUCCAGUACCUCCCCAGCCCCCCGCUGCUAGGUGGCUGUGCUGAGGCAGGGCUGGAUGCAGAGGCUGAGCAGAAUGAAGACGAUGAGCCCAAGAGGCUAGGUGGGUCCAGGGAGGCCAGGGGCUCGGUGUGAGGGCUGCAGCCUCCCUAAGACCUCCUGUCACUGGCUUCAGUGAGCACAGGUACUGCAGAGCCUGGGACCAGGGGAGGGGAAUAGUUGAGUGUGCUGUUUGGGGGCUCAGAAGCCAUAAGGCUGUGGGGAGGAACCAUAUACCCAGCCCCCACAGCUCCCAGCACAGGGCCUCCCUGAGCCAGUGGCAUCCUUCCUGGGCCCCCCAUGGCAGUGCUGCCUCUUGUGGGUGCUGGCUAAGGGCCAGGCCAGGAUGAGUUUCCCCAUGGUGAAUGUUACAAGGUGGCAUCUGUUCUCUCCCUGCCCUGGGUCACUUCCUUUUUUGGGUCUCACAGACCCUCCAGGGGCUAACAUCUAGAGAGAGCCAUCACCUUGUCCUCUCAUUCCUUCCACCAUGAGGCUUGCCGUGGAUUCAGAGAGGAGCCUUACCUGAUGGGAGCUCAAACCUCUAGUCUGGGAUGAGCUCACAGAGCCCUCAUGGGUUAAGGUCCAUCCGUGUCACAUAGGCAAUUCCUUUUAAAUCAGAUACUGAUGACCCAUUACUGAGAGCUACAGAGCAUACAGCCCUUGGUGUUCUCCGCUACUAUCUGCCAAGUGUGUGCUUUUCCUCUGCUGUGUUCUGUGUGUCCAAUGUAACCUACUGGAGAAUCGAUCUCAUUAGAGUGACUCUUAGAAGGUGGCCUGGGACUAGACAGCCCCUCUGAGCACAAGCAUAGUGGCAUCAGCAGCUUCCUGGCCUACUCCCAAUCACACUGUGCCCUGCACCUCCCACCAAGGGGAACCCCAGCAGCUGGGGCUUUUCUAGUGCUUUUUGGCCCAAGAAUCUCAGAGUGCUUCUAAUCA